UAAAUAUAAAGCUGGUAUUAGUGUACAAGACUAUAGUGCCAUGGGUCCUUCUUUUGGAGUUGGCUAUGACUUGGGUUUGUUUACUAAUUCAGGUAAUUAUUGUUACAAAUAUUCUUUUGAGUCUGGCCUUUUAAGCGAAGACCAACGAGUAUCUUUCGAAAUUGAGGAUUAUGAG